AUGAUCAAGAUGCAACGACCCACCCUGCCAAGGGUGUACAGUGGGGCCCGGAAUGCGCUCUUUGACGAUGUGCAGGAUCUGUUGCGCACAGAGGAUGCCGACCCUUCAGUCCCACCUCCACCAUUCGUCGUCGCCGGCUCCGCUGCCGCCCUCACUACGGCUGCUACUCUCGCUCUGGCCCACGGGAAUGUAGGCAGCAAUGCUGCUUCCGAGUGCGGGGUUCCUGCAUACGCACCACCGCUCCGUCAGCGCGUCGUCGGCUUCUACGAGCGCCAUACCAAGCUCACCGACACACUUGCAGCCCUAGGCGAUGUUGUCGCCAGCCUAGACGCGGUGCAGCACGACAUCUUUGCCAUCACGGGCAAGGUCAAGAGUCAGGAAGUGCGGCUUAAGACCUUGCAAGCUGUGUCGAACGAGAAGCGCCAGGCCCACGCCAAGAUGGGCAGCACGCUGGCCAAGCGCAUCAUGAACAAGCGUGGAACCCGAUCGCGCCUGCUUCUUAAAGCACACGACGAGGCCGAACAGGCUGCAGCCCACCAAGCCGCUCACGAAGCGGAACUCGAGAAGAACCGGUCAGCGCUGACCUCCAAGCUCGAUGCCAAAAGCCGGCUGGAAGGGGACUUGGUCGAGUACACACGCGUAGCCAAAGAGCUCGACGAGAUCGACCGAACGCUGUUCGACGGCGUCACCCCCGAGUUCCCCGCAGAGGACGUGGCCGAGUUCGAGGUCAAGGUGUGGACGCAAGUGCAGACCUUCAUGCAAGCCGAAUCCAACCGAGAGAAGCGCGCGCGUCAGAUGCUCAAGGAGGCCUCUCCGUUGCUCGCGUCGGUGCUCAAAGACGUGCAAAAGGCGCUGCAAUUCUGCAUCGAAUCGGGCGUAGCGUCCAACCAAAAGUACACCCGGGAGCUCACGACGAACAACACGUCACGUUCGACGGUGCGUGCCACGCAGCCGCUGGUGCUGCGGGCCAAGACAAGCUCGGGCAAGCUCUUCACCACGCUUGCCAAAGCAAGGGGCAGCCAGAUGCUCGUCGGUCCUCCGCCCGAGUUCCGACUGAUCGAGCUGCACCACAUGCCGGGCAGCAAGAAUGCCAACGCAGUCGACGAGCGCGGCCUGCACAAGUCGCUCGAGACGUCGUAUGCGCAGGCAAAGGCGCUCGACUCCUAUCUGAAACGCGAGAUCGCCACCAGUCUCGAGCGGCAGAAGAAGCUCACCGCCGAGACUGCUAAGCUGCAGAGCACGGUCAAGGAGGCCGUGGGCCAUUUGCGAAGCGUCCGUCGCGCCAUCGUCACGGCGGUCUCCAGAGAAGAAAGUGGGAGGCAAGGAGCAGCGACGGGCGCUUCACAGUCGGAACUCGGAAUGGGCAAUGAAGGGUUAGCGGCGCAGAAUGCAAGGAACCCGAUGAUCUCCAAGCAUCUCAACGAAGAUUUGCGCAAGGAAGCACUGAUUCGCCUACGCAGGCUCGUCGCACUGCCUGAUCCUGAGUCGGACGACGACAAUCUGUACCCUAUGAUCGCCUGA